CAAGGUUUUUAUAUAGUGUUUUUUUAUUUUUCUUCGCUCUCCUCUCUGUUCUACCCUCACUCGCUCGCCAGCAAUCGCCGAAUCUACUUUUUCGCGAAGCAGGAAAUCUGCUCCGACCAGCAGCAGCACGUUUCGUGUUCCCCAAUGGCAGAUUAAGAUCCUGCUUAUGUAUCCCUCUCAUUGAUAGAUUGCAUUUUGAUUGCCAAGCCUGUCUUUCAACACUGCCCAAGGUCCACAUUUUACAGAUAACCACACGAGCCUCUCGGGAGGCUUGUUAUUUACCCUGCAAACAGGCAGUGAUUGAUUUCUCGUUCCAAAUCCAUGUUCCGCAGAUCCGUCUCUGUGUCGGGGGUGUAACCAGGAGUCGCCGGUAUGUUCUUCCAGGAGAGUUUCAGUAGCAGCGUGGAUUUUCCCACCUACAUACCAUGGCAGACUCUGUCUUCGGAUUUGUCCGACAAAUUGAAACAUGGUUCGAUCCGGAUUAAUCGCAGCAACAGGGUUGAGUACGCGACCAUCCAGGAGGAAGGGACUCCUCUUCUGGAAAAUGGGACCCGAAAACCCGACACCAUUGGGGAUGGGUCCAUCGUUACUGAAGCUGUCAGGGCAGGUACCAGCUGGCCUGUUGCCGCCUUUCUUCUCGUCAAUGCUGCGCUUGGAGCUGGAGUUCUCAACUAUCCAUAUGCAUAUGAUAAAGCCGGCGGUGUCAUUUUUGCUGCAUUUUUACAGAUUAUUAUGAUGGUUGUUUUAAUUUCCACUAUGCUUGUGCUUGUCUAUUCUGCUGAUGUGAACAAAGAUAACACAUACCAUGACGUAUUACUUUCUUUGUGUGGCAGGCGAGCUCAGCAGUUUGCAGCUGUUUCAAUUCUUCUUACAUGUUAUGGAAUUUGUAUAACAUUUUUAAUUAUUAUUGGGGAUCAAUAUGAUCGAUUAUUCCUAUCUCUGUUUGAAAACGAUUUUUGUACAAAGUGGUAUUUAGAUAGGAGAUUCACUAUAACAGUUACAGCUAUUUUAUGCAUUCUUCCUAUGUGUUACUUUCAGAGAUUGGAUUUCUUAAGAUAUGCCAGUACUCUAGGCAUAUUUGCUAUGUUGUAUCCAGUCUUUCUCACUGUAUAUGAGUACUAUAAGCUUGAUAUUCGUCCUGGUCAUAUAAAAAUGAUGCCAGAUAGUGCUGUUGAAGUAUUUGUUGUCAUACCGGUUUUUUCAUUUGCAUAUCAGACUCAUGAGAUUGUUGUUCCUGUUUAUGCUUGCAUGAAAAACCGUAAUCUCAGAGAUUUCACAAAAGCCACAUUUUUAGCUAUGGGGAUUCUUUUCUUCAUUUAUUGCAUCGCCGGAAGUUUUGGUUACAUGACAUUUGGCAGCCUUAUUGCACCUGACAUAAUGGAACAAUAUGAUGCAACAGAUCCAGUAGUACUCGUAGGAAUUGGUGCUUUGGUUGUCAAGAUGAUUACUACUUAUCCACAAUUAGUCGUCUGUGGAAGGGGAGCCUUGGAUGGCUUAUACGCAGAAUUUGCUCAUCUUUCGACUGAUCAAUUCAUUAAAGGAGAAUUCAAGAGGAGAAUUGUAGUAACAUCACUAUGGUUUUUUUCAACACUAUUAUUAGCUGUUUUAGCACCAAAUAUUGGAGUUGUUAUUGAAUUGCUUGGAUGUUUAGCCUCCGUAAAUAUAUUUAUAUUUCCAGGCUUAUGUUUAAUUGCUUUAGCAAUUCGGGAGGACGAAAACCUAGAAGAAUUUAGAAGUCGAGCUAAAGCUUUUGUGGCAUGUUUAAUGAUUAUGUUUGGCACCUUUGUUUUUGGUGUAGUUUUCACAAAAGUGAUUAUAUAUGAUUUGUUGAAUAAGACUGGUAAAGUUCCUCAUCCCAAAUGCUAGUGAUACAUCUCAUCGUAAAAUGUAUUUGUUCAUUGCAAUUUUUUGUAACUGUAUUUGCAAUUAAGUAGCUGGAUAUUCUUUCUAAGAAAGAAAAUGUGUUCACUAGAUCUUUUCUACAAUGUGCACGAAGCAUUAAAUGAGAAAUUCUUUACUAAAACUCUUCAGUGAGGUGACAUUUAAUGUUCAUAGUAGCAUUGGGAAUUUCAUUCUGUUCCAUCAGCCAAUGUAUUUACAGAUGUUUGUUUUAAGACUUUUAUAUGAGGACUUUUCUUAUAUUUAGCAUUUUAUAUUUGGCAUUACUGAUUUCUGCAGUGAUGGCAAUCUAAUAAAUGGUAAAUUUUAAAUAGCUGCUCAACUAUACAUUUUUUUUUUGCAUAUUUAAAUUUAUUACGGCAGAUUUUUUUUAGUCACUUUUAUUCAUUUAUAACCUAAAAGUAUCUUUGAAAUGAAAAUGUUCUUGUUAUAGUGUUCUGCAAUAUUUUUGUAUAUUUUGUGCAUCAGUUGUGACAUUAUUAAGAUCUUUUCACAGUGUAAAUUUUUCUUACUUUUGGAAUUCAAAAUAUAUUUUAAUCAUGUUUGUGAAGAAAAUAAUAUUAAUUAUUGUUUUAUAAUUUGUAAAAGAAAUAAGUUUCUGGUAUUGCUUAGUCUCUCAUGGAAUUAAGUUGAAGAAUUGAAACUGAUUUUGAAUUCCAUGAAUUAAAUUUAUUUCUGAAAUAAUGUAGAAAGAAAAUUGUUUUUAGAGAAUUUCAUUUAAAACUGUCUUUCAC